AUGGUGCCGCUACGUGGAAACUCCGUGCAAGAUAGCUCAGGCUGUCUUUCGGCGAAUAAUACACGCUCAAGUGACGAAGGCAGCACUGGAACGAUGAGUGAAGCUGAUGAACUUGACAUUCCGCAAUUUAACAACUCAAUGACGCCCUGGAGAAAACGGGACGUUGCAAAGGAGAGUAUUUACCACCAAGGUAGUAGUUCAGUCUCUCCUACGGUUGGCGCCUCUGCAGAAAACGGCGAUGGAUUUAGUGAGGGCCCUUUGAACCUAGCAUCACCUGUUAACUCGCGGCCUCACACUCGCAGCUCAUUGUUUUCUGACGGGUAUACCUCGAGUGUCCCCACUAUGUCUGCUUCGUCCAGUAACGAAGUCGAGCAAUUACAGCGUCAGCUAACGGCAUGCAAGUUACGUUUGAGAGCGCUCGCAGAGGUGAUAAAAGAGUUGAAUUACGACAGAGAAAGCCACCAUUUUGAUGAAUUUCCAAACUUACCUUGUAGUGCUAAGUUAGUUGAUACACUGCCUUCUUGCGAUAAAUGCGCCAAGUUGUCCAAGGAUCUUGCUGAACUUCGGCAAAACUUGGAAGCGAAAGACAAAGAACUUUUGUCUGCAAAAAACGAUUACAGCACUGUUUUGGAUGAUGUCAAUUCCUAUUUGGAGCAUUCGGAUGUGAUAGCCAGCAAUAUUGACGACAUUUUGCAGGUGCUUUCUGAAAAACUCGACAUUUCUGAUGAAGAGAAGGAGGUAUUGUGCAAAGCAAGAGGCAUUUCAAACAAUUUCAUUGAUGUCAAGAUCAAUGCUCUUGGAUCAACUGUUCGAAAAUUUCUGGAUACUCUCAGCACGGCACAAAUACCGGAACAGUUUGAUAAAUCUCUCAUAACUGUAGCAGACAAUUCCCAAGGUAAUAUAUCACAGAUGGAUACAAGGCUUGAGAGCGCGAUUGAGAGCAUGCAUGAGGAGUAUCAUAACUUUUUGAGAAGUUUGCAAGAUAGGAUGGAUCAAUCCGGGGAAACAGAAAAACUACUAGGAGAUAAACUAAUGAAACAGCAAUUGCUUCUGGAAAAACUUACCGAGCUAUUUCAUGGCCGUUCCAUAAGUGGGGUUACUGCUGGCGUGCUUUCCAUGGACAUACACGCCUCUGAUAGAGCCAAAAGCCCUGACACCCAGGGGAGUUCUUCGCAGACAUUCCCCGCUCCUAAUGUCGAAAUAGAAGAAUAUAAAAAUCGGCUUGAAAUUCAAAAGAAUAGGGUGAAAGAGCUAGAGGAAGAGAUAGUUGCGAUAGAACAAAGACGUGAGAAGCUUGAUAGGGGCAGUGCGGAAACUGGCGGUGUGACAGAGGUGGAGGGAAGGUACAAAGAAAAGGAGUUGGAAUGGAUGAACAAAAUCGAAGACUUGAUGUCUCAGGUUUCCAAAUCCAGGACAGAGUCACAAAGACUUGAAAAUGUAAUAGCAGAACUCCAAAACGAGCUUUCUGCAGCUCAAGAAGAGUCUGAAAAAACUAUAAUGGACCUUGAAAAGACACUGAAAAGGGCGGUGAGGAACUCUGGUUUAUAUAUGGGGGAAAACCGUGAGAUGCAACAGCACAUCAAAGAAAUUGAAAGCGAGUUAAAUUCAACAAUUCGUCAUAACAGCCAACUUGAAGAGUCAAUAAACGAAGUUACUAAGGAUCGCAGCGAACUCGAAAAUGAACUCUUAAAAUUGCGCAGCCACCUGAUUCUACACCUUAACAAGAUAUUCGAUGUGUUUGAUAAAAUACUCCAGAGACAUUCAAUUGACCAAGCCAAGAAGAAGCUCAAAAACUUAGAUGUUCUCAGCUCUAAGAACCACCACAAGGCAGUACACGCGAAGCUUGAAUCGUUGUACGUAUUUAUUGAGUCAGCUAUCAACUCAAUUGUUGAAGAGCAUGCAAAGCUGUUGCUAAAGGAGAAAAAAAGAUCGUCGCAUAUUAAUGUUAAAGACACGGAGGAGGGCUAUGGAUCUCAGCUGCACAUUGAGUUACUGGAGAGGAGAUGGGUAGCGGAAAGGGAAAGACGAAAGCUCGACGCAGAUGCUGCAGAAUACAGAAUUUCCCAGCUCGAGGAUGAGAACAGAGCAUUACGCUUAAAAAUACGAGAAAGGUUUGGCCACAGUCAAUAG